AUGCUUUUCUUUCUUUCUUUCUUUCUUUCUUUCUUUUUGUUUAUCUGUCUUGCGUCUUUCUUUUUUUCUUUGCCUUGGGACUGUUGUUGGGUUGACGGGGAAGAGUUGAGGUCUUCGCGCUUGACGGACCAACGUAGGCAGAGUAACAGAGAGAUGACGACUACUACAAGUUCAAGAAUAACGUCUGCUUGGACACUACCAUUAGUAUUUAGCAUAUGUCUAUUUCAAUUACAAGUGACCUGUGGCCGAGAAAGCGCUCUGUUUCCUUUUGGGGAGAAGAAUGAUGAUAGCUAUGUUCAUCAUGAUAUAAAUGAGUUUUCUUUAACGUUGCCUUAUCCAAUUCAAUUCGCUGGGUACGAAUACAAAGUACUCCACUUGACUCCGCACGGUUACCUCGGCUUCACGAGCUCAGUAUUUCAAUAUGUCCAAUGGGGAAAGGAUGUUCCCGAACAUGACGUACCGUUUUUGGCACCUCUCUACUUUGAGGCUCUCUAUGUAGGCGAGACGACAAGCGACAAAGACGCAAUAUAUUACCGGAUGCUCUCCUCUAAAUCUGAACUCUUAAAGAAUUUGACUCUUAUGAUUCAAGAGUCGAUAGUCGGCGCAAAUAAUUUUAUAGCUGACAAGGCUGUUAUUGUAACUUGGUAUCUUGUUCGAAGCAAAAUUCAUUUGAAAGAAAUUAACGAGCAUACAACCAACAUCUUCCAGUUGGCAAUUGUUUUUAACCAAGAUGAGACAUAUGCCAUUUUUAACUACGAUCGCGUUAAUCCCAUUAAAAAUUCGAUUUAUUCCGCAGGCAUAAAUGCAGGUUACUACAAAGGCUGGACGAAUGUAAUACCAGGUGACAGCGUCGCUUCAGAUCUUUCUAAACUUCCUUUCAUUAAAACCGGUUACCAAGAGGGACGAUUCUUGUUUCGCGUCACCAAAGAAAAACCUGAGAGAGGUGGCUGCACAACUUUGCAAAAACAACUCUCCGUGUUUCCAAAAUCAGCAGGAAUGUUUGGUGGCCGAAUGCUUGAAAUCUCAGCGCCAUGCCUUCAGCAAAACAUGACUCUUCAAUGUCGCUUCCGGAGUAAAGGGAACAGUGAAGUUAGCAGCCCCGCAGCUAUGAUCAAUCAGAUAAAAGCCAGAUGUGUUGUUCCAAGACUAUUGUUCAGGGGAAACAUUACACUGGAAUUUUCAACUGACAGUGGUAAAACGAUUGCAGCCAAAACCUCAUUCCAUAUUGUUAUACCAAGUUUGAUGCCGAUGGAAGUAGAAACUUCCAAAUCAGCUCGUCCGGGUGUGUGGGAAAAGAAAAACGCUGACGUUCUUAGCCUCAUCUGGGAUCACUCUCUUCUUACUAGGGAUAAGAACGCCACAGUUGACGUGAAUCUCAUUGGCUACAUGGAAACGAGGAAGACGUUCUACUACAAAACUCUGGCCAAAUUGGGUUCGAAUAUAAAAAAUAUUGAUGGCCGAUUCAGUUUUAAGCCGAGCCGGAAUCGAUGCUCAAAGGACGACUGCAACUUCCAAGUUGGGAUGGUUGAAGUGAAACUAACAGACCCUUCCUUGGCAAACAACAGUUUGUUUCUGACCACUAAAAUCUUGCCCCUUGGUUGGUUUUUCUCGGAGAAGCUUCGUCGUACCUUGGGCCGUAAUUGGGCAAACAUAAAAUGCGAAGAAAUGAAGAAUGACAAAGAAUACCAUAAAAAUUGGCUCAGUCAUUUGAGUAAAUGUCCAUGCACUCUUCAUCAGGCACUUGCAGACUUCGGUCGAUGGAUUCCAGAUGCCAACUGCAAUAUCUUUUCUGCAUCCACCUGCAAUUACCACGAGAUAGCUGUCCACUGCAUACGCUCAGCUGAGACAACGGUGACUUCAUCAGGGAAUCAAUGCUGCUAUCGCAAAGACGGCAACUUGAUGUACAGUAGCGACACGUUGCAUGGAAGUACUCCUGACAAGGCAGCUACUUUGGGGAAACACCCUUUUGACAAGCUCAACCAUGUACCAGAAUUGUCCCACUGGGUGUGGGAUGUCAUACCUUAUUAUUACUGCUGCUUGUGGGGUUCUCGGUGUAAUACCUACAUGAUGGAAAGGCCCACCAUCAAUUGCAAAGGUUAUCAGCUCCCAACCACCGUCGCAAUAUUUGGAGACCCACAUAUUAUCACAUUUUACGGCUUUGGUUACACAAUGCAAGUACUUGGGACGUAUUGGCUUUUAAAAUCUACAACAGCCUCUACAGUCCCUGUUGAACUGCAAGGAACAUUUGUUCUUUCUAAUUUAGCGAAAGUUGGUGGUCAACAUUUUAGCAAAUUAAAUGCGAUCAGUUUGAAGAACUCCAAGGGUGACAUCAUUGAACUGAUUCCUUAUCUAUCUAUCUAUCUAUCUAUCUAUCUAUCUAUCUAUCUAUCUAUCAAAGCUGAUUCCUUAUCUAUCUAUCUAUCUAUCUAUCUAUCUAUCUAUCUAUCUAUCUAUCUAAGCUGA